AUGCCCUACGAGAACCACCCAACGCACCAACCCCUCCUAACGGCUGAUUCCAGCCGAACCGGGGACCAUUCUAUGCGUUCCCUUCGUCCGGUGUUGACACCUUCAGCCCAUCCAGCGGUGACCUCCUUCAACGAUUCUGAACAUCUGCCACAACAACAACAACAUCAUCACCACCACCAGCACCACUCCAGUGUCCAGCACCCACCCCACCAACAACCACAAUCCACUCCCCAGCACCGCUUCUCGCACGACCUGUCCGUCCCCGUGAGCCACCAGAUGCCAGCUGAAGAUGCCUACUGGAAGGCUGCAACGGCGGCAGCGGCAGCACCCACUUCAGCGCCUCGGUCUACGCACGGUUCUCCUCUGGUUGGCGGGCCACCGCAGCCGCCAAGUAUGGACGAUGCUGCUAGCGGUCUCUUUGGUCACGCUCCAAACAUGCUGCACAACGUCCAGCAAAACUAUCCCGCCUUUGACCCCCACGACCAUGAGUAUCUGACUACACAUUGCGAGUACAGGGAGAAUCGGCUG